GAGACGCGAGGAGGAGGGGGGGUGGUGGAGAGGCUGCCUCUCCCAGGGCCUUCGUCAGAGCGAAGUGGCCGGGAAGAGUCUCAGCCCUUCCAGCCCAGGAGAGCAACGAGGCACCGGGGCAGGAGCUUUGGGACCGCAGCCCUCAGCAGCAGAGAUGAAGCAGCUCUUCCUCUUCCUCCUGCUCGGGCUCAUCACCAGCUCCUUGCAGAUCGAAGACAACAAGAUCCCUGGGCUGUGCUCGGGGCAGCCAGGAAUCCCAGGGACUCCAGGCCUGCACGGGGGCCAGGGCCUGCCAGGCAGGGACGGACGAGAUGGCCGGGACGGGGCCAUGGGGAUGCCCGGGGAGAAGGGCGAGAUGGGCCCUCCUGGAGCGCCUGGCCCCCGAGGGGAGAUGGGCAGCCCCGGCGUGGACGGGCUGCACGGCGAGAAGGGGGCGCAGGGCGAGUGCGCCGUGGCCCCUCGCUCGGCCUUCAGCGCCAAGCGCUCCGAGUCGCGCAGCCCCCCCCUGCCCGACCAGCCCAUCCUCUUCGACGUGGUGCUCAUCAACGAGCAGGGCCACUACGACCCCGCCUCGGGCAAGUUCACCUGCGAGGUGCCCGGGCUCUACUACUUCGCCGUGCACGCCACCGUGUACCGCACCAGCCUGCAGUUCGACAUCAUGAAGAACGGCCACACCGUCGCCUCCUUCUUCCAGUACUACGGCAACUGGCCCAAGCCCACCUCGCUCUCGGGGGGCACCCUGGUGCGCCUGGAGCCCGAGGAUGAGGUGUGGGUGCAGGUGGGAGUGGGGGACUACAUCGGCUUCUACGCCAGCGUGAAGACGGACAGCACCUUCACCGGCUUCCUCGUCUACUCCUACUGGCAGAACUCCGCCGUCUUCGCCUGAGCCCGCCCUCGGCUGGGGAUGUGCCCCUUCCCAGUCCCCCUGCGUGGUGGCAGCGAGGGCACCGGGCCCCCUGCCCUGCUCAGGGCAGGAUUACAGCCCCUCUGCCAUGCCGGGGGUGGCGGGGAGCACCCCUCGAGCUCACUAUUAUCUCGGGCACCCGGCUCUGGGGGAGCUCCCACACCCUGGUGAUGUGGAACCCACGGCACGGUGCCCGGUUCCUGCUGCUCCCCA